AUGCUUCGUCUAGCUUUUAAGCAAUUAUCACGACAAUCUUUCUCAUAAAAAAUGAAAAUUUAUGAACUAUUAUUUGAAAGAGGUUUAAAAUUCUUUAAUCAAAGUACCUAAACAAAUUUAAUUCUCUAGAUUAAUAUCAAAGUGCAAUAGAUUAAUUUGAGAUAUGUAUGUCAGUAUUUGUAGAAGUCAAACAAUCAAAACGAUGGGAGGAAACAAAAUUUGAAGAUUUGAGUAGUAAACAUCACCCUGAACAAUAAUAAAUAAAUGGUACAUAUUAUUAAUUAAGUUUGUUUUUAAGACCUUUGGAAGAAAUUAUUCGAAUUAAUGGGUAAAUGUUAUUAUGUUUUGCAUGAAUAAGCAGCUUGUACUAAGAUGUGUGAUUAUUGGUAAUAAUUGAAUCCUUUAUGUGCAGGGGCUUUUAUUUUAAGAGCAAAAGUACUAAACAUUUAGAUAAAUUAGUCUCGGUUUUUAUCGGAGUAACUUACAUAAUUAGAUUGCUAAAUGAUUUAUAAAGAUUUAAAUUUCGCACAGAAAUUGGAUCCUAAUAAUGAAGGCAUAGCAAAAGUCUACGAUAUGAUAAAGGCUAAAUAAUAAAAGUUUAAAGAAUAUGACAAUGACAAAGAAUUAUAUUCUGAAUAUUUAGAUGAAACUUCUCAAUAUAAUAUUGAUGAAGAAGAAGAAGAAGAUGAAUUACCUUAAGAUUUUAUGGCCUAAUUGGCAUAUUAAGAUAAUGACUAAGAACUUAGUUAUGAAUAAGAUCCUAAGAAACCUAUUCCUAUUGAAGUGUAAGAAUUAGGACGAUUUAUUGAAACUAGAGGAAUGGACAUGGUGAAAACAUAUUAACAUAACGGCUAGUUGAGAGAAGCAGAAGACUUAAGAGAUAAACUUUAAAAGGCAUUGAUUGCUAAGAAAUAAUUGGAGAAGAUCUCAUAAUUAGAUUUUAACAGGCCUAAAAAAGUAAAGAUUACAUCAAUUUAAGAAAUUAUAUUAAUUUGCUCAAAACUUUGGUAUAGAUUUACUGGAUCCCUAAGUGUAGAAUGAGUUUAAAAAAAUUUAAGAACAAAACUUGGAAGACAUUCGACAAUGGCUUAAAUAGAAUUAAUGGAAUUAUGUUGAUAAAGCUACUUAGAUUUAAUAGUAAGAAAAAGCUCGAUAAGAGUUAGCUAAACUAUAAUUUAAAAGGAAAAUUAUCCCUUAAAAAGUAAUUCAACAUAUAUAAAUAAUCUCAGCAUGCUAAACAUAAAUUUUUCAAAAAAGCAUAGAUUGGCAUAUCAAUUCAACCAAGUAGCUCUAAUCCCUCUAUAAUCAAUACAAAUCUUUAAGCUUUUGAAUAAAAUAAUUCUGCUUUCAAUAAUUAAAGUAUUUAUUUAGCAAACUUAAUUAGCUUCAACUCAAGAAGAAUAGACAUCUAAUCUAAAUUGUAUCAUUAAUUUCUCUAUUCUAUUACUUACAGCCAUCACAAUCAUAUCAACAUUAUAUUAUUAAUUCAUAGGAUGA